AUGCUUGAUGGUGUCUCUAAUCAUAGUUCUUCAGAUAUAUCUGUUCGGCCAGUGUAUCUGUUGGAAGGGUCACCGCGGGAACCGAUCCACGAGAAGGCUUUGGUCCGAGAGGGAUCCUCCGUUUUUUUGACUGCCCGGUCGGACGUGGAUCUGAGUGUCACACCCAACGAUCCGUUUGCUGUGAAAGAAGACGGUGCGGAGAUAUCGAUGGGUGCCCAAGAGGGCAAUGAGCAGUGCCCAGGGCUGUUGAGCACUAUACAAAAUAAAGCAACAACAGCUAUUAGUUUUGCUGCUGGGAGUGCCUUCCGUUUGUUGGAGACGCUGUUAGAGCCACAAGCUGAGAAGGAGAAUCCCUCGCAGGACGCGUAUUUGCUGCAGGUUGUGCAGGGCGAAGACAGGUGUGAACCUUUUGACACCGCCAACUACAUUACACGUUUGAAUGCCGAGGACCUCUCCGACGAAGAGGAGGAAGAAGAAGAGGAUGAAGAAUUUGGGAUUACACGCAUUGAAAUUGAUCUUGUUUCUACGUUGCGAGCUUACCGCAAGAAUCCAAGCGAUUGUUUCGGUCACCUUGUUCUUGCUGCUCUCUCUAGCCGAUCGGAGGAACAUCCUGUGACAUGCGAGGAACUAAAGGAAGCACGUCUUAACCCAUACCUAGUAUGUAUGAUCAUUAAAUCCGGAGCUUUGGAUGUCUCUGACGAGUGUGUGCAUGCGGAGAUACAACGUUGUGUAGACACUGUUAUUCCCUCCGAGGCUGAUAGGGUUUCAUUAAGCGUCUAUGAGUACCUGCUGUCACUGUUGAAGCUAGACUUCGUACGCCUUAGCUCAGAGCAGUAUGCGUUAAUGAAGGAUAGCGGAUUUGAGUUUCUGAAACUGUUGUGCGAGAACCCUCAUGUUUUACCACCUGGUCGACUAAAUUCCGUUCGUUUAAAUUACGUUCAAUCGACGUGGUGUGUUGAUGUUUUUACAAUGAUUCUUAACAUGAGUUUGGAGUUGUUUUGCGUGAUAAGCAUUGUACUUGUAAUUAAAUACAGGAUAGGUACCAAGCGUGGGGCGUCGGAGAGCACUUUUGGCUAUUACACAGCUCUGGUGUAUGGUAUCGGGUACGCAGCGCAUCUUAUUGGCAUGAUCUUUGUGAUGCGUGGCAAGGUACGCCAUGUAGUCUACGGUAAGAUGCUCUGCCCUUUUCCUUCUCCACACCUUCUUGUGGUACCAGUGAUACCACUGUAUAACAUGGUAAGUAUUUUCACGUAUGUGCGGCACCGAAAAGGACAACAAAACAGGAAUUGCGUUGCCAUUUUGCACGAUAUUGUUGCUGCACAGCUUUUAUCUAGCCUUUGCUUUUCGCUUUGUGUGGCGAUGCCACAAAUCAUUUAUCAGUCGUUUGUGCUUGCUGAUAUUGGUACGCUCAUCCGGUAUGAUCCCCAGCACUACUCCCAUUGGCUAUUGACUGUGUCUGCCAUUUCUACCACUUGGGUUUGCAUAUUACGCAUGUUCCGUGCUCUUGCAACAUAUGACUCUAUCAACUGCUUUGGGUUUGCAUGUUUUGGGUUUCAGGGCGGCCGCAUUAUAGAGCCGCAUUCAGCAAUUGUUCGUAUGGUACAUAUUUCUUGCCUUUUUUUGUUUGAAUUGAACAUUUCAUUUUUGGUGAUGGGGGCCAUGAGUGUGGUGAGUUGUAAAAAAGAGUCAAUCGUUACGAUGGCGCUGGCGGGGGCCUCUCUCUUGGUUCUGUUAGUCCUACUCAUUUUGCUGCUACUAAGCCGUGAAAGCGUAUUCCGCUUGAUGUGGGCUUUGCUGCCACUGACGUUGCUGCAGAUUUCCAUUUUCAUUUACCAGAACCGCGAAGUGGGUUUUUUUUGUAGAUAUCUUGAGGUGCUCAAUGGGAGCUUGUCCCUGUUUCGCUUCCUCAUCUGGGCGGUGUUUUCUUUUUUUAUGACGUUGUGGGUGGUGCAAGUUGUGGUGUUGUUUGUCGCAAGAAAACUGCGAGGCGCCUCGCGAUGA